UUGAUUUCAUAAUAGUUACAUUUGUCGACUCAACAUUGGCUAACACAACUAUCGAUUUCAUAGUAAGCAAGACGGACUUCGAGAGAGAGUAUGCGAUUGAUGGUUUUCUGUGAAUGAUUAUGAACUUUUUAAAACAAUUCUUUAUUCGUACAUUCAUGAAAUAAAUAUUAUACUCGUGCGUGGACCAUUUUAUAUAACAAAUGGUUUAUUAAUACUCUAUCGUAAAACAUUAACAAAAGUGUUUAUAAGAACAUGGUUUUAACGAAAGAAUAUCGAAUAUGUAUGCCUCUUACCACAGAAGAGUAUCGAAUUGGACAACUGUAUAUGAUAGCAAGACAUAGCCAUGAACAGUCAGAUUCCGAUGAUGGUGUUGAAGUAGUAGAAAAUGUUGAGUGUGAAGAUCCUGAACAUGGGAAGGGUCAGUAUACAGAAAAGAGAAUUCACCUCUCAAGUAAACUUCCUUAUUGGAUUCAAUCUGUCAUACCAAAAAUAUUUUAUGUGACUGAAAAAGCUUGGAAUUAUUAUCCAUUUACCAUGACAGUAUAUACUUGUUCUUUCAUACCUAAGUUUAAUAUAUCUAUAAAAACAAGAUACGAGGAUAACAAUGGUUCGACAGAAAAUUGUUUAGGUUUAUCUCCAAUAGAAAUUAUACAUCGGGAAGUUGAUUAUAUUGAUAUUGCUUAUGAUGAAAUAUCUGCAAAACAUUAUAAGGAAGAAGAGGAUCCUAAGUUUUUCCAAUCUAAACGAACAGGCAGAGGUCCAUUAGUUGAAGGUUGGCGUGACACGGUACAACCAAUUAUGUGUUCUUAUAAAUUAGUUCAUGCUUCCUUUGAAGUUUGGGGUAUGCAAACUCGGGUAGAAGAUUUCAUACACAGGUGUAUAAGAGAUAUUUUACUAUUGGGUCAUCGGCAAGCGUUUGCAUGGAUCGAUGAAUGGUACGAUAUGAACAUCGAAGAUGUUCGAAAAUACGAACAAAAAAUGCACGCAGAGACAAAUGAAAAAAUGAGAUUAAAAAAUCAAGCCAACGAAAAUUCAUCAAAACCAGUAACCCCAUCAUCAUCAGUACCUUCAUCUCCUAAAUCACCAACACAGUCCAAUCGAUCGUGGUUUUCAUGGUCAUAGUCGAUAUUAAAAAAAUUAAAUUUCUUCAGCCGUAUACUAGCUGGUCCUGUAGCUACAGUACAAAUUGUGCAAAUAAAUCUUAGCAUUUUUAUGUA